AUGUCCACCUACGGUAUCUUCGAGAACCAACCAGCCCACGUUCUCCAAUAUGUUAUGGAGAGGAUAACUUACUCUGAUAUGGCUUCUCUCGCUCUCGCCUCCUACACUUGGCUCACAGCCAUCAAAGGAUACGUCAACAUGGUCAAGUUCCAAAAUGGAGCAGCUGCUGGUUCCCAGUUGUACGAUCUUGGAAGACUGCUGGCCACGGUAAAUACUCCAGAUGAAUUCGGAAAUGUUCAACACAUUCUCAAGGAAGUUUGGAGCGCUGAGAGAAAUGUUGAAAAAGUUGGAGACAUCAUCAAAGGAUUCUGCUCUGUUUCUUCGGAAUCAGCAAAGAAAAGAGUCUCGACUCUGUUUGAUUUCGUUUGGACUAUGGUGGGAUCUCUUGAGGAUUCGGUGAUGGAAGCCACUGGACCAGUUGCCGACAACGAAAUGGACGACAUGGUUGAGGCUGUGCUGGCUAUGAAUGAGAAAAUUCAGCAACGGUUGGAGCUUCGUAAACAACUUCAACAACUUUUCUUAUCUGAUUCCAUGUCAGGAACCUAUCGGUUCUUCCUCCUGGAGCUCAUCAAAAAAGUUCAUACAGUAACCCUGUUUGAUACUGGAUUGAUGCUCACAUUCCUUGAGAUUGUGAUGAGCCCAGUUGAGGGCGAUGAAGGGUCGGAAUUCAUUGAAAUGAUCUUUGAUAUGGAACUAGAUGUUGAGAAAGAUGAAGAUUUGCUGAAGAUUGGUCGAGUUGCCAGAGCAUUCAAAGAGCUCAAGAAGGCAUGCUCAUCGGAAGAAGAGAAACUAUGCGCGACGCUCUUCCAACUUCUCCUUGAUGAAGUUUUUGAGCAGAAGACCAAAGCGGCACUAUUGGCUCAAGAACCCUCUCUCAUCUCGUGGUAUAUCAAGGAUCACGCAUUCCUAAUCGUCAUGGGAUCGCGAGUGGCAGAGGUUCUCGUGCAAAUGGCAGUGACGAUGAAGAAUGAGUCGAAAACUGGAGAAUUCGGAAAUGAGUUGUCGAAGCUGCGAAGAUCAACGCUCAGCGAAGUGAAUGGAGAACGCCACCUGACAAUUUUCCGACGAAGACUCGAGAAUUUGAUGAAAUCCACCCCUGUCUACAGUUGUUUCGAACAAUUUUUUGGUUUUCUUGAAUGUUAA